GUCUAUUUAUUAACACCGGAAGUUAACAAAGUGCUUUCUCAUUUUACAUUCUGUUUUAAUAACACAGAAUUUUGUUUCUUCCAAACUGUUGACAUACCCUUUAGAAGAUGGAAUUUCUAAUUGGUAUUAAGGGAAAAGACUUUGUUCUAACGGCUUGUGAUAUGGUUGCUGCACGCAGUAUUGUCGUCAUUAAACAAGAUCAAGACAAAAUGUUUAAACUAAGUGAUAAGCUCCUUAUGUCGGUGACCGGUCAGCCUGGAGAUACUGUGCAGUUUGCAGAAUACAUUUCCAAAAAUAUACAGCUUUACAAGAUGAGAAACGGUUAUGAAUUGUCUCCUCAUGCAGCUGCCAAUUUUACAAGAAGUAAUCUUGCAGAAUAUCUCCGAAGUUCCACCCCGUACAUGGUGAACAUGUUGAUAUCUGGUUACGAUGACAAGGAAGGCCCAAUCUUGUACUUCAUGGACUACUUGGCAUCGUGCGUCUCAGCGCCGUACGCAGCCCAUGGAUACGGCAGCUACUUCGUUUUGAGUAUACUGGACAGAUACUACAGAGACGGUAUGAAUGUUGAGCAAACUAUGGUCUUGUUGCAAAUGUGCAUUGAUGAGGUUCAGAAACGGUUUAUUGUGAAUCUACCCAGCUAUCGCGUCCGACUAGUUGGAAAGGAUGGAAUUAAAGAUGUUCCUGUUAUAAAGCCAAAACCCUUCACUCUCACCAGCUGAUCUUAGUGUUUAUCAUAUUGAAAACAUUCACUGACAUUUCACCGUUGUUUGGUAUCCUCAUCAGAUGCUCAUUCCAUCGCGGGAUGUGUGUUUUGCAACAGACUGACAAUUGUUUCAUGACUGGUAGAUUAUUUGUCAUAUAAAUGCAUUGUUGUCACCUU